AUGGAAGUACUCAAACGCUUGGCCAAAAAAGUCGGAAUAUUACUGCAGGGUUUGCUCAUGUCCAGCAGCUCCCUUAUUCAAUCCAGUCAGGGCGACAUACACGAGUACAAGUUGAUUCGUGACUUGAUGAAGGGUUACCAGAAACAAGUCAAACCUUCCAGGAAUCAUUCGGAUGCCCUCAACGUGACGUUUGGUUUGGCUUUGUCACAGAUUAUAGACGUGGACGAGAAAAACCAGAUUAUAACAACAAACUGCUGGAUAAAUCAGGGUUGGAUCGAUUACAAGUUGCGAUGGGUUCCUGAAAAAUAUGGUAACAUAGAAGUCAUCCGCUUACCAUUUCAAGAAGUCUGGAAACCUGAUAUACUGCUGUAUAACAAUGCGGAUGUUACGUCACAAGUGUCAUCCGUGAGCACAAACGUCAUCGUGACGUUUUCGGGCAACGUCACCUGGUUGUCCAUGGUGAUAUACAAAAGCUCUUGCUCUAUAGACGUCAAAUACUUUCCGUUUGAUGAACAAAACUGUACGCUGGAAUUUGCGUCGUGGACGUACGACGCUAACGCCAUCAAACUCGUGAUAGUUGGUGACAGCGGCGACAUUUCAAACUACAUCCCCAACUCGGAAUGGAAUCUGUUCAAACUAGAACAAAAAUGGCGGAACAUAACCUUCUCCUGCUGCCCGGAACCUUACAUUUUUGUGAGCUACAGCAUUCUGAUGACGCGGCGCCCUCUGUUUUACCUGUUCAAUAUGGUGAUGCCCUGUGUGCUAAUCACUAUGGUGGCCCUUUUGGGGUUUUACAUGCCCUCUGAUUCUGGAGAGAAGGUUUCCAUGGGAAUAACAACUUUACUGUCCAUGACUGUAUUUCUCAUGAUAGUGGCUGAAAACAUGCCACCGACGUCAGAUGUGGUACCAUUAAUAGGUUUAUAUUAUGGAAUUACAAUCGCCAUUGUCUCGUUCGCCACGGGUAUGACUGUGUUAACACUGAACAUCCACCAUAACGGAACCCGAGGGUACGAAGUGCCCUCUAUUGUCAAGAAGUUUUGUUUUGGAAUAUUAGCCAAAAUAUUAUGCAUUCGACUGGAGCUACCAGGGACCCCUCCCAAAAGGGGAAUGGAGCAAGUACCACAACAUGACCGAUUCGAUGUGGAGAAACUCCAAGAAAACGGCAGUUUAUCACCGAGAUUUUCCCGCCGACUAAACCCAACGGCGACGCCACCUGGCGGCGUGGACAGUUACGAAAAACAGUUUAUUCGCGUGAUGCAUAAAGUAUAUCAGACGAUCGAGAGGAACGAGAUGCGAUUGGUGGAACAGGACAGACGAGAUGCGAUAAAACAGGAGUGGCAGCAGCUAGCAAUCGUCAUCGACCGUCUACUUCUGCUGAUCUUCCUCUUCACCACAAUUACGGUGACUUUUACGAUAAUGUUACACGGUCCCCAAGCGCAGGUGUAUUCCGAAGAGCCCACACCGGCGCCCCCAGCAUAGGAGAUAGCUUGUCUGGGUGUGUGGGAUGCGGAUAAAUGUCCGACAAGCGUUACUUAUUAUUUGCAGGUCCCAUCACAUAAUCCUUCAGAACGAAGGUGGUUUGCUUUAAGCUAUGACUGUAGAUGAGAUGUUUAGCGUGACAGAGUUAUCAAAAAUACAGCAGACAUUUCAGCUGCAGCUUUUGAGAACAAAUGGCCGCUACAAGUUAAAAAGCUGUUUUCUGUAAAACUAGCAUA